AUGGGGAAUGGUGUUAGCUCUACGGUAAGACUGGUGCGGGCCUCUCACGAUCCGGCGUUGAAAGCGAAGCUCCAUGAACUUGGGGAUAUCAUCUGCGGCUUGGGUAGCGUGACCAUUGGGAAUUCUCUGAAAGCCAUAUGCAAUUCUCCAGAUCGCAAGAAGUCACUUUUCAAAACGGUUGCAGCAGAGAUAAAUCGCCAGGACGAAGUUCACCAGCUAACGACAAGACAUACCUUUUUCCAACAAUGGGAAAAGAAGAGCUUAUCUGAGAAGCAAGUCGCUGGACUUGCUGCUCUCACAAAAGGUUGGGAGCUCAAUGAUGACGACCUUGAAGCGCUCAGGAAAUCCGCACUGAUAUGGGCGUCCCAACCUGGGCUUUUUUUUGACACCAGGAAGACCGAUCGCACCGGUACGCUUGGGCUUAUUCAAUUUUGCUCUAAUGACAUCGAGCAGAUCGAAAAUUUCAAUCCCACACGACGUAAAGUCGAUCUCAUUGUCAUGUUCGACGCAAUUGCACAAGAGGUGGAACUCCGGCGGCGCUCAAAGAGAAAGAAAACUCACGAUGUGGCCGUCGACCCAGCACCACCGCAAAAAGUCAUCUCCGAAGUGUUCUCCGAUAUUUUGGAGGGCUCCGGGUCUCCCGAGGAGCGCCGGAAGCUGAAAAGGCAAUCCGCUAGUGGAAGCAAAUGGGCCCAGAUUGUACCUCGCUGGAUGGUUCUCGCACUGCAAGGCGCCACUGUUAAAAGGGCAUGGAAGGAAGAACGUUUACUCUCGACCGCGUAUUCAAAAAUACUUAAAGAAUAUCAUCACCGUGCUUCGCUCACAGUUCGAGAUCAACCCGAAGAAGCGUUCACAGCAACAAUCCGCGAGCAGGGUGGAACUCGGGAAGGGAGCCACUUGCCACGGAAGCGGACAACGUCUUACCCAGAGAAGUCUUCUGGUAAACGAAGAUGCGAUGGGCGAAACGAACAAGCUACCCAGCCGAGUGAUGGGCACAUACCAUCGGAAAGCGUCCAAGGAGCACGAUCAGCUAUUUCCGCGCAGGGUUCUGCGCCGCGAAAGCAGCAUACAAACCACAACCCAGCCUCUCAGACACUGCCGGGUGCAAAUUUACAAACGCAAUUGGAGAUGACCUGGGGAGAUGAUGGUACUAUCCACUCACUUCCUGAAGAUCAAAUUUCGACCAACAAUCCUGCACAUCAAACGUCCGUUGACCACCCGGGGACCUCAAACCAAAUAGAGCUCCCAUUCGACGAGCGAGACGCUGCCCGAAUGCUGCAACAAUUUCAACAACGGGUGCCACGGUGUUCUUUUGAGCAAGGCGGUACUAGUGUCACUGAGCCCAUCAAUAACGACCCCGAUUCUUGUUUUGACCUCGCCCCUAUCGUCGACGAAAAUCAUCAACUCGAGCGAUGGCCGAGUGUAUUAUUUGACCAGAGCAUGUUUCAUGACCUCGGCACACAGCUUCCAAUAUCUGGGCAGCCGACAGUCGAGCGAUGGCCGAGUGUAUUAUUUGACCAGAGCAUGUUUCAUGACCUCGGCACACAGCAUCCAAUGUUUGGGCAAUCAACAGUCGAGCAAUCGCCGAGGACGUUCCAGGAAGGUUUUAUGGGUGGAGGGUAG